AUGCUUCUCCCUCUCUACCUCCUCCCUGUCCUCCUCACCCUUACCUCAGCCCGCCAAACCCGCUGCGUCUGCCAAAUACCCGAAGGUUCCGACGACUGCAGAGUCGACAUCGACACUACGCUGGAUGAUGUGGAUUGCGGCGAGCACUGGGUCAAAAAUGCUUGCUCCGGCUCCACUGCUCCGUUCGUGGGCGUCAAGUGUCGCAUUUCGAAGGGCUUGCUAUCGAGUACUGUGAUGAGAAUCAUCAUAGCGAUUGUCCAAAGGCAGACGAGGGAGGGGGCUUGUCCACCUCGGAAGAAAGUGGAGUGA